AUGGCCGAUACCGCGGAAGCCGCUGCUGCCAAGGCGCCCAACCCCAAAAAGAAUGACAAGCCGAAGAAGCUGAGGGCACCUCCAACGCACCCAACAUAUCUUGAGAUGAUUACGGAGGCUAUUGCAGCGCUGAAGGAUAGGACGGAAAUAUCUGACCCAAAAUGGCCCAAGCGGUUGGCAUAUUACCUGAAAACGUUUGCGGAUCAAGGAAAACUCGAGAAGGUGAAGGCCUCUUUCAAGCUGAGCGACGAGUUGAAGAAGGCUGUGAAGGCGAAGGAUAACAAGGUUAAAAAGCUUACGGAUGCCGCAAUGCCGGAGGGCCAGGAGAAGGCACCCGCGAAACCCAAGAAGCCGGUCGAAAAGCCGGAGAAGGCGGCGGCCCCUCCACCCAAGAAGCAGGCCAAGGGAUCCAAGCCUAAGGAGGAAGCCAGCAAGCCAGACAAGGAAGCCAAGAAGAAGGUGAAGAAGCCCCGGGAAGAGAAAGUCAAGACGAACAAGGUGAAGGCCUACAAGGCCAAGAAGGAUUCGCCGAAGAUGCAUAAGCCCAAAUCGGAUAUGGCGGAUAAGCCCAAAGCGGCCAAGGCCAAGCCGACAAAAGUGAAGUUAAGUGGUGAAGCCAAAAGGCGCUCCGGAGGAUGGAAGGAAGGAUUUAGCGAUCACCCUCAGAAGCACCAUCUCGCGCAGUGGCCCGUAGCUUCGCAGCGCACCACUGCCCUGCUGUACACCCAUUUUAAGGUCAAGGACCCUUCCAACAUUUGUAAUCCCUGGGUGUUCGCUAUUUUCGGGCUCCUUCCUCAGCCGCUGCAGCCAGCCAAGAAGGUGGCCCCGGGUAAAUCCCCAACCAAGUCCGCGUCGCCCAAGAAGGUGUCCGCCGGCAGGAAGACGCCAACGGCAAAAAAGUAG